AAAUCCUAUCUUGUUCACUUGUUUCCUUUCCUUAUCUUUCACUUCCUAGUUCUUUUUUUAUCCCAACAUGCAUUGCGCUCGCUAGAUGGAUCAUGGACCAAAGCGACAACGAUCUUCAAGGAAGCGAUUGCUCUGGGACCUUGGGUGGCCUGGAUGUUCGGAGGCGAAUCCCCAUCAAAUUAAUUUCUAAACAGCCAUUAAGGACUAAACCUCAGCUGCGCCUGCCGAGACCUGUUGGUAACAGACCCUGUAAAAGUGAACCUGGAGACGAUGAAAAGUUCGGCUUCAAGCAGGAGGAUCGGUUUGACUGUGGCGCUAAAGCUGGGGAUGUGUUUGGAAGUCAGAGAAGAUUUCCGCAGCCUCUGUUAUGGGACUGUAAGCUAAAUCUGAUCGGUGAAAGAGAUGAAGUUCCGAUUCACUUCUGUGAUAAAUGUGGUCUCCCCAUUCAACUUUAUGGACGGAUGAUUCCCUGCAAGCAUGUUUUCUGCUAUGACUGCGCUUUGCUUCAUGAGAAGAAAGGCGAGAAGAUGUGUCCAGGUCUCAGUCUGUAUAACUGCACGGAUCCAGUUCAGCGCAUCGAGCAGUGCCAGCGAGGGUCCCUCUACAUGUGCAGCAUUGUACCAGGAUGCAAGCGCACCUACUUGUCCCAGCGGGACCUCCAAGCCCACGUGAACCACCGUCACAUGAGAGCCACCAAGUCCUCCUCGGGCCGCCAGGAUCCUGUGCAUCUGCCACAAGCACCUGAAAUUUCUGAUCGCUUCCGUGUGCCUCCUCCUCACAUCCCUAAGAACCAUGUCCACCUCCCAAACCAAAUGCACAGCAGUCACGAUCCCUACAGUCAGCCGCCUCCACCGACCCCCCAUGACGGGCCUCCCCCAACUCCAUCUCUGGGACCAGAGACGUUUCGCAUUGCCACUGUAACAACUCGUAAACACAGCAAUCUCAUCACAGUGCCCAUUCAAGAUGACUCGUCUUCAUCACGGGAUUCCCAUCCUGGUGGGCCAUGCCCCAGCCAGCCCCCGCAUCACCACCCUGGAGACUAUCCUGGGCAGCCGCCUGUGGUGUCACACUCUCACCACAUGAUGGCGCCACCUCAACAGCACUUUGGUCCACCUCCUCCUAUUAGUCACCCAAUGCAGCACCCCCCCCAGGGCUCUGGGACACCACACAUGGUCUACAACCAGGCUCCUCCCCCCAUGUCUACAGCCCCGCCUCCCCCACCAGGGCACAUCAUGCCCCCCUAUAUAAAUCACCCACCUCCAGGACCUCCCCCACAGCACACCGGACCUCCUGUGAAUGCCCCCCCACCUCACCACUACAACCCCAACUCCAUGCAGCCGUUCCCUGAAGACCAGGGCACCCUCAGCCCUCCGUUUAACCAGCCAGGAGGACUCAGUCCUGGGAUGUGGCCUGCUCCCAGGGGGCCCCCACCUCCUCGAAUGCAGGGUCCACCUCCCCAGGGACAGAUGCCAGGCCCCCAUCACCCAGAUCAGGGCCGCUAUCGACCUUAUUACCAGUAAACUGAAAGCUGGUUGAGUGGGAAGUCGUCGGUGUUGUUCUUUUCCAUACCGCUUGUCUAAGUAAUGUGAUAGUGAACCUCAGGAUUUCAGGAUGUAGAACUUUGAUUUGGAUAAAACUGCCCACAUUCAAAUGUGUGUAUGGUGCACAUUUUAGUUACCUGUGCUCCACUUCCCCAUGAGCGCACUAAUAAUUUGGAGAAGAGCAGGAAUGUCCCUUUUUUAAUAGCUUAUUGGAAAGGAUCUCUGUAUAUACGUCUGCUGAUGUCAAUGCUGAAGUGAAAGACGUUCAUUCUCAAUAAACUUUUCAUGUCAUA